CCCACGGCAUGGCCCGGCGCUCCAGCCCCAUGGCGCUGCUCCUCAGCCUUGGCCUCCUCUGUCUGUGUUCAGGGGUAUGGUGUACCGACACAGAGGAGCGGCUGGUGGAGCACCUCUUGGAUCCCUCUCGCUACAACAAACUUAUUCGUCCAGCUACCAAUGGCUCGGAGCUGGUGACGGUGCAGCUUAUGGUGUCCCUGGCCCAGCUUAUCAGUGUGCACGAGCGGGAGCAGAUCAUGACUACCAAUGUCUGGCUGACCCAGGAGUGGGAGGAUUACCGCCUCACCUGGAAGCCUGAGGAGUUUGACAAUAUGAAGAAAGUUCGGCUCCCUUCCAAACACAUCUGGCUCCCAGAUGUGGUCCUGUACAACAACGCUGAUGGCAUGUACGAGGUGUCCUUCUAUUCCAACGCGGUGGUCUCUUAUGACGGCAGCAUCUUCUGGCUGCCACCAGCCAUCUACAAGAGUGCAUGCAAGAUCGAAGUCAAGCACUUUCCCUUCGACCAGCAGAACUGCACCAUGAAGUUCCGCUCGUGGACCUACGACCGCACCGAGAUCGAUCUGGUGCUCAAGAGCGAUGUGGCCAGCCUGGAUGACUUCACGCCCAGUGGGGAGUGGGACAUUGUGGCGCUGCCUGGCCGGCGCAAUGAGAACCCGGACGACUCCACUUACGUGGACAUCACCUAUGACUUCAUCAUCCGCCGCAAGCCGCUCUUCUACACCAUCAACCUCAUCAUCCCCUGCGUGCUCAUCACCUCCCUGGCCAUCCUCGUCUUCUACCUGCCUUCCGACUGCGGCGAGAAGAUGACCCUGUGCAUCUCCGUGCUACUGGCGCUCACCGUCUUCCUCCUGCUCAUCUCCAAGAUUGUGCCCCCCACGUCCCUGGAUGUGCCGCUGGUGGGCAAGUACCUCAUGUUCACCAUGGUGCUGGUCACCUUCUCCAUCGUCACCAGUGUGUGCGUGCUCAACGUGCACCACCGCUCGCCCACCACGCACACCAUGGCGCCCUGGGUCAAGGUCGUCUUCCUGGAGAAGCUGCCCACGCUGCUCUUCAUGCAGCAGCCGCGCCAGCACUGUGCCCGCCAGCGCCUGCGCCUGCGGCGGCGCCAGCGGGAGCGCGAGGGGGCCGGGGCCCUCUUCUUCCGUGAGGCCCCGGGCGCAGACUCCUGCACCUGCUUUGUCAAUCAUGCCUCGGUCCAGGGCUUGGCUGGGGCCUUCGGAGCCAAGCCUGAGCCUGAGGCUGGGGGCCAUCCUGGGCGCUCUGCUGGGCCGUGUGGCUGCGGCCUUCGGGAGGCUGUGGACGGAGUGCGCUUCAUCGCGGACCACAUGCGGAGUGAGGACGAGGACCAGAGUGUGAGGGAAGACUGGAAGUACGUUGCCAUGGUGAUUGACCGCCUCUUCCUCUGGAUCUUUGUCUUUGUUUGUGUCUUUGGCACCAUCGGCAUGUUCCUGCAGCCUCUCUUUCAGAACUACACCACCACCACCUUCCUCCACUCAGACCACUCGGCGCCCAGCUCCAAGUGAGACCUUCUCAGCUCCGUGGCCCUGCUCCCCUUGGCCCUUGUUAUUCAAUAGUAUUGGGUGGAAGAUGGGACCAGUGAGCUCUGGAAAGAGAGUGCCAUUCCCGCAGAUCCAUCCCUACUUCCCAGAGCCCUGCCCAUACCGCCAUCUAUAUAGCCAACCCAGCCUGGAGGA